UAUACUCGUAAUUUAAUCUAAUUCUAUUCAUAAUUUAAUUUAAUUCUAUUUAUAAUUUAAUUUAAUUCUAUUAGUAAUUUAAUUUAAUUCUAUCUAUUAUAUUAUUCAGCUAAUAAAAAACUAUAGAAAUAGUUUGAAAACUUACCUCAUUUGCCCAAACUGCGUCAAUACGAUGGUGACCAUGCCCCCAAAGAAGUUCCGGAUCCACCGGAGCUGUAUCGAUUGUCGCACGUGGUGGUCUCAUCGAACAAGGAUCGAUCAGCCUAGGAACUGGAAAAAAAAUUAGAACAUAAAAAAAAUUGCCGCCGUCGGCGAGAAUCCGACCCGCCAACUUACUCCUGUAGCGCUCGCCGCCCUCGGGCCCUUCUUCUGCCGGACGCCUGCUGCUCGUCGUCGGACAUGGUGAGAAGCAGAUCUGCUGCGACGACGCUUUUGUUUAGACGCCUUCGCCGGGGAAUGAGCGCGGCCGCCUGAGACUGAGGCGGCGCCUUCUUCUUCUCAGCGUCGCCGCUCUCUUUUUGGCGGCGUCGCUGUCUGGGAGGUGAGGGAGGAGGGGAGUGUGUGUGGUUAUGGCGAGAGGCGAGAGGGAGUGGCGAAGAAGGGGAUAAGAAAGAAAAGGUUUAUAGCGAUGGCGCCAACGCCUUGGACUCGGGCGUCGUCGCCUCUUUCUCCCUUCAAAACUCAAUUUUCUGAGUCUCGGGCGCCGUCGUUGUCUUCCCCCUUCAAAACACAAUAUUCUUGUAAAUAGUUUUUAAAACACUAUAUUCGUGAUAAAUAAAAAAAGACUAUAUUUUGGGAAUUAACCCGAUUAAUGGGGCCUACACUAUCAAUCCAGCAAAUGCCAAAUUGUAGGAAAAAAUGGAUGAAAAUGCUCAAUUCUUUUUUUUUUAUCCCAAAACUUACUAUUGCUCUCUCACCCUCUCUUCUUUCUUUCUUCUUCUUUCUUUUUGCUUUUCUUGGGAUGAGAAGCACAUACAUAUUACAACCAAACUCCACUAUCAAAUUGUGACUUAAACUUUGUCUCCAUUAGCUAUCACCAAACAACUACUAGCCCACAAAUAUAUAUAGCUAUAUGUGGUUCUCCAUUUUUUUUUUCAUUUUCUUAACCCAUAACCAACUAAUAAAUACAUAGUUUACAUAAAUCCAAACACUUCAUAAUUCUAGUUAGUUGUUAUAUUUUGGUCAAAUAUUAUUUUGGGAAAAUACCACUACAACAUUUGAACUAUGACAAAAAUGCCACUUAUAUCCUAUUCUUUCUAAUAUUCCAUUUGUGUCCUAUCGUAUGAUACUUCUGUAUCAUUUGUAUCCUAAUAAUUUCGGUGACCGUUAGAGAUAACAAUUGACCAGACGAAAGUCCAAUUGUUGUUGACUUUUGCUGAUGUGGCAAAAAUGUGGCAGCCACAUAGAUGCCAUGUCAUUGACACCUCAUAUUUUAAUUCAAAACUAAUUAAUAUUUAUAAAAAUUUCAAAAAACAAAUUCCUCUGCCGAAAGAAAGAAAAGACUUCAGUGUGCUUUUUCGACAACGGUUCUCACUCCUUCUUCUCCUCCCCCGGACCUGCUUCAUCUUUUUCUUCCUCCAAGCAAGCUCCAUUUUCCGACAUAUCUUGGAUCACAAUAGAGAGAUCGUCGGUUUUUGGUUCCUCGCCAGCACGACGGAUUUGGAUUUCUUGCCAGUACGAUGAAUCUGGGUUCCUCAAUCUGAAUGUAUUCGCCCUCAAGUCGACGCCACCAUGGUGUUCUGGGUUGAAGGAUGUUUGAUGAAUGUUGUGCCAAUUCACUCGAGCCAGGGAGCCGACGUUGAGAGAGAACAAUGGAAGGAAAGUUGUUGCGACGGGCGAGGGAUCCUGGCCCUCUCCCCUCACCCAGACCUGCGCUUCUCUAGCCCUUAUCGCGCCGCCAUUGCUGGCGAAACCCAGGCAACCUCUCACUAUUCGUCUCUCUAUCACUCAAAUAUUUCCCCAACCUAGAAAACCAUCAAUUCCGACGAGCUCGCCCUCUUCAAUGCCGACAAACACUGGAGAAGAAGUUACCAGCAACCUGCGCUUCCAAAAAACAAACUUCAAGAUAGCAACCUGCGCUUUCUAGGUUUCAUCGAUGGGCAGGGAAGGGGCAUUUUUCUCAUCCCCAGGCCACCGUUCCAUCGACAUCAGAUUCAGCGGUGGUCGCGCCGCCGCCUACAACUUAACCCAUAAAUUGAAACCAAACUCUACCCCUAAAUUGAAACCAAAUUGAAAGGAGGAAUAAGAAAUUGUGGUCGGUGACUCCUUCUCUGGAUUCCUCUUCUGCCACCCCUGCUCGAUGGAAGAUUGUAUUUGUAGGGGAGUCAGAUUUAGUCUGGGAAUAAUGACGGCCUCUACUCAUAGUGGCCACUGAAUCUGUCGGGCAACACUCGAUCGGGGAAGGAGAUGGAAAAGUGAAGCAAUUUUUGUUUUUUUUAUUUUCUUUUAAAUAAAAAUUGAAAAUUCCAUGUCAGAUGCCAUGUCAAUGCUGACUGGAAUUUGUGUUAAAACUAACAGUCAACACUGGUUAACACUAACAAAAUAAUAGUUUAGGAUAUAAAUAGAAUACUGGAAAUAAUAGGAUACAAGUGACAUUUUGUUUAUAGCUCGGAUGCUGUAGUAGUAUUAGCCCUACUAUUUUUUAUUGAACUUAUUUUUUUACACUCUCUUAAAGCUUUAUUCAUCAUUACUCCGAGUAGUGUCCUCACCUUUACGAACACAUCAUACUUGAGCGAUUCUGUGAGGAUGUUAGCAAUCUGGUUUUCUGUCUUCACGUACUUGAGAAUCACUUACAUUCUUCUGCUUCUUGAUCAUUCCAAGUUUGCUACUAAACUCUUCAAAUUUGAGCCUCAUAAGAGAUUUAGUGAAAAUAGCUACAGCCCAGUCUCCUGUCUUUACUGCUUUCAUCUCUAUCUCUUCCUUCAACACUUUUUCUCGGUGAAAAUGAUAAUGGACUUCAACAUGUUUUGUUCUAGCAUGAAACACAGGAUUCUAUGCUAACUUGAUAGCAUAUAAAUUGUCAUAGAAUUAGGGAAAUGGAUAAGUAACAUCUUGAUGAAGAUCCUUUAAAAGUUUCACUUGCCAAGUGCACUCUUGUGAUGCCAUUGAUGACGUUCUAUAUUUUGCCUCUAUACUCAACAAUGAAACAGUUUGUUGUCUCUUAUUGCACAAUGGCGAUUCUCCCGAAUCAAGUGUGAACACAUAUCCUGUUGUCGAGCGAUGAGUGUCUAGGUCUGCAAAACAAUCAACAUCACACUAACACUCAAGCUUGCAAUCUACUCCCUUCUUGUAAAAUAUCCAGUGACUGAUGUUUCCCUUGGCUUAUCUCAUUACUUUUUUUUAAUAUCUCUAGGUAUACCUUCUUGGGAUUUGCAUGAAAUGGCUAAUGACUCCGCCUGCAUAAGAAAUGUUGUGACAGGUGAAAGUUAGGUAGGUUAAAGUACUCCACAAGUUGUCUGUACAUCGUCACUUCUUCUAAAUCUUUUCCCUCCUGGCGGAUCUUAUUCCUUAUUGGCUAGGUACUCAACUUGUUGGGCGUGCGUUAAUUGUGAGUUGAGUUUAAAAUUAGCUUCCAUCAAUAUCGUCAUAGACUUAUACUAUUGCAGCCCAAACUUCUCUAACGGGACUAUGACAUAUCUAUAUUUACUGAGGAAUAACUCGUCUUCUGUUUUCUUGACUUCAACUCCAAGAAAGUGCUUUAGCCACAAAGUUCCUUCAUUUGGAACCUUAUGGAUAGAUUCCCUAGAGUUCGUUGAUUUUUCUUCAUUAUCUCCAGAAACGAUCAACUCAUCAACAACUAACACAAUUGCGAAUUUUCUCUCUUGCUCGUUGACAAACAAACUUGAAUAUGAUGGAGUGACAAAGUAUCUACAUUGGAGUAAAAAUUCUCCAAUCUU